AUGGAUGCUAUAUAUUUCCGUCUCCUAGGACUCAGAAAUCGAGCUCUACUUCAACCAAACUCGGUUUAUGGUUGUCUGCUUAUCUUCUUCGAUUCAAUUAUUCAAACCAUCAUGGAGAAGGCUAAGCCGCUGAGUCCCUCGGCGGAUCAUGUCGAAUCGGUCUCUCAUCCGGGAAAGGAUUUUUCUAGAGAGCUAGAAGAUAUCAAUUCCAUCCCAUUGGGAUGGUUUGUAUGGAUGGUGGCUUGCACGGCAUCCAUAGCAGGGUUAUUGUUCGGAUAUGACACAGGUAUCAUCUCCGCCGUAUUGGUAUACAUUGGGAACGAUCUUGAAGGACGACCUCCAACACACAAUGAGAAGGAAAUGAUAACCUCUCUUUGCUCUGCUGGUGCUUUCUUCGGUGCAAUCUGUGCAGGCCUCACAGCUGACAAGUUUGGACGGAAAAAUCCCAUAUAUGUCGGAUGCGCCUUAUUUACAAUCGGAGCCGCACUCCAAGGCUCUGCUUACACCAUCCCUCAGAUGGCGGUAGGUCGCUUUGUUGUCGGUCUGGGCGUCGGUUCCGCCGCGAUGAUAGUUCCCCUUUAUGUGGCCGAACUGGCUCCAGCACAGGCACGAGGCCGGUUGAUUGGUCUGAACAAUAUUUGUAUCACGGGUGGCCAAGUUCUGUCUUACGCGCUGGGUGCAGCUUUUGCCUCUGUCGACCAUGGCUGGAGGUACAUGGUUGGUCUGGGAGGCGUUCCAUCGAUCAUUCUUGCGAUCUUGCUACCUUGGUGUCCACAAUCCCCACGGCAGCUGGUUUACAAUGGACGGAUAGAUGAAGCCAAGCAGGUUCUUCGAAAGAUUUACGGACACGGCACAGAGCGACAGAUCGAACUCAUUUUGGGUACGAUCCAAGAUGCAUGCGAUGAGGCGCGUCACAUGAACGAAGGCGAAAGCAAAUGGGAUAAGAUCGUCCAGUUGCAUCGCGUCCCGGCCAACAUGCGAGCACUGUUUAGUGCCUGUGGACUUAUGGUCUUUUCACAGAUGUCCGGAUUCAACACAUUGAUGUACUAUUCCUCAACGCUUUUCUCAAUGGUUGGGUUCAGCAACCCUGUGGCGGUUGGUCUCAUUGUUGCAGCUCCAAAUCUUGUCAUGGCAUUUGUGAAUGUACUGCUGGUCGAUCGUCUCGGCCGUCGACGACUCCUGCUAUACACCUCAUGGGGUAUGUGCGCUGGUCUGAUUGCGGUUACAGUAGCGUUCGCUUUCCUCCCUGUGGACACGGAAACACUCGAAGUACGCGGCAGUGGAACACCGCGCGAGGCCAUUGUCGUGCUCGUGUUCUUACUCUGGUUCGUCAUCUUCUACGGUGUGUCGGUGGGUAACACGGCUUGGAUGAGUGCGGACUUUUUCCCUCUUGAAGUGCGAUCAAUGGGUACCAUGUGGAUGACCUGCUCUACCUGGGUCAGCAAUGUCAUUGUGUCCAGUACCUUCCUGUCUAUGAUGAAGUCGAUGACGCCUUCCGGGACAUUCGGCUUCUAUGCUGGGAUCUGUGGCCUUGGGUGGAUAUGGAUAUAUUUCUUCUAUCCCGAGGUGUCUGGUUUGCAGCUCGAAGAAAUUCGUGAAGUAUUUGAAAGGGGGUACGGCAAAUCGAUGAGGAGUUCCAAGAGAGCACGAAAUGUCGAGGGGGCGUAG